GCCGCCUCUUCCCUCUCCCCCUCGCCCUCCUCGCUAGCUCAUUUGUAUUCAUACCUCGCGCAGGUCUGUUUCCGUAGCUUCUGCUGGCCCAAGGAACGGAACCAGGACGGGGGCCCCGCUCUUUGUGAAUCCCCUUUUCGGGGGGCGCCAACAGUAUCGCUGCUGGUGCAUACUAUUGGCGUCAUCCUACGUUCCCCAUUCUGCCCCCCCUUCCAUCCCUGGCGUCUCCCGUACUCUCCUACCGGCCCCCUUCCAUCCCCGCCGACCCCCCUUUCGAUCCCCUUUCCAUCCAUCGCAUCCCCGCUUCCGCCAUCCCUUCCCCCCUUGCACCUCAGCCGGCGGGUUGUGGUGUCCUUGGGGAAGGGCUCAGGGCGAGGGAAUGGGCACGCAUUGCCCUUUCCAUUCGUCACCGAGGGUUCCUCUCCAGACCCUUCAGCCCAGGCGCUUCAGACCCGUGCCUGCCCCGUCCUCGGGCUUGGGACAGGCAACCUGGCGCCUGGCGCACGCUGGCGGCGGCAUGCGGCCCCCCAGCGGCACCCGCCCGGCGCUGGCCUGGCGGCUGCGCCGGUGGGCGCAGCAGGACCCGCGGCACGGCCUGGUCGGGGCGGCGCGCGGCGUGGCCUGUGGGGGCAGCCAGAGCAGCGCGCACCAGCGAGCGCAGCAGGGCGCGCGGCGGGGCGCCGCCGCGCAUGGGGCGGCGCCGGGUGCGGGGUGCACCGGGGCAGUGGAGCACUGGGGCAGCCAGGGGACCACGGCGGUGUCGCUGCAGGACCUCAGGGACAUCGGCCUGAGCAGGAGGCGGCGCAUGGCGUUCGGCGUGGAGCUCCACAGGGAGCUGCGCAUCCGCUUCGCGCAGCGCGUGCUGGAGCUGCGGUCCCUGCCCUACAACCUGGGCGAGCGCCCGGGGGUCCGGGACGUCAUCGGCUGGUACACGCAGUUCGUGGAGGACCUCGACAACGAAGAGGUGCCGAGCUCGCCAGAGGGAGAUCAGAGGUUCACCGAGAAGUUGAGAGAGAUAUUCGAGGAGCACACCGAGGUGAUCCAGGCGAUGGCCUUCGGGGUUCAGCACCUGAUGGCGGAGCUGGGGCCAGGCUACAGCGAGGUGCAGCCCCAAGUGGACGCCAUUUUGCGGCGCUUCUUCAUGGCGCGCAUCGGGCUCCGCUUCCUGCUGCAACACCACAUCGAGUCAUCGUCGAACAGAGAGGGGCACUCGGGCAUCCUGCAGCUGGAGUGCAAUCCUGCCGAGCUCUGCAGGAAAGCUGGGCGCGACAGCGCGGCGCUCUGCAGGGCCGUGAAGGGCCAGGCCCCACACAUCGUCGUGCACGACGACACACCGGGGACGUUCACGUACGUGCCCAUGCACCUGAACUACAUGUUAACGGAGGUGUUCAAGAACGCGUGCCGCGCCACCGUGGAGCAGCACGCCGAGGGGUUCGACGACCCGCUCCCCCCGGUGCACUGCAGGAUCGUGCAUGGCCACGAGGACAUCACGAUCAAGAUCAGCGAUGAAGGCGGCGGGAUAUCCAGAGCCAGCAUGCAGGACGUCUGGAAGUUCAUGUACAGCACUUACAAGAAGUCGCCCUGGGGCUCCCUGUUUCAGAAAAGCUCCCGGCCGAGCUCCGCAGACAGCGCCAGCAACCCUUUGCAGCGCCAGCGCGCUGGCGGGGUGCUCGCAGGCUAUGGCGUGGGCCUGACCUUGAGCAGACUGUACGCGCAGUACUUCGGAGGGGACCUCAAGAUAUUGUCGAUGCAUGGCUUCGGGACCGACGUGUACCUGCAUUUGCCGCGUCUGGGCAAGAGCUGCGAGAACCUGCCGAAAGUCGUCAUGUACAGCCCAUCCAUGCGAGACUCGUCUCUGUCGGACAACGCAGCAGAGCCAGAGCGGCUACUGAUCAGCGCGGACGAGGAGGCGUUCCUGCGAGAGAGGCUGGCCGCCUUUAGGCGAAAGCCUGACGAAGACUCGGGGUCCUUCCCCUUCCUCGGGUCCACGAGGGAUUGAGCCGGUGCCCCCGCAUAAAAAGCUCCGGCUCUCCACACUCCGCAGGGGCGCGAGGAACAAGCGCGCGUGCCUUGCGGUCCGGGCCAGAUGACUGACCACAGCGUGAAGGCAGCUGGGCUUCGUGCGACGCGAGUCGCAGAUCUGGCAGACCUCUGCGACCAGGUGCGCCUCAAGAGGAAUUGAGGACUCCUCUCGAUGCGGCACCGCCUGCCUCCUUGGUAUGGACAGCGCCGCUUCUGAGACGGUCAUGCGUGAGGGCUCCAGAUGCACGUUUUCUCGGCACUGAAGGUUUGCAGCGCGGGGCUACCUCGAGCGGCACUGCAUCGGUGACACGUUCGGGGUAGGACUCGUCUGCUUACACCUGGGGCAAACCAAUCGACUGGCACUGGAGGGUUGAGGCCUUGUCAGCUGCAGGCCCAAAACUUACAAGCAGCUGCUCGUGGGAUGCUUCUUGAAGCAUUGAAGCGUUGUAUCGCUCCCCCACCGUAUCAUUGCAACAUCGUCGCGGCGCAGCGACACGAAGCUCUGUUGCGGCAGCGCGUGGUGCCAUUUUUCUUGCAGCAUUGUAGCUUUGUGUAUCUGCAGGAGCACGAGACUCUCCGACAGCAGCAGCGUGGUGGACCACUUGCUGCAAUCAUGUAGAAUUACAUCGGGUACCUCCAAGUUCGGCAAGUUGUCCACAGGCCCCGCAGGAGUUUCCCCAGAGCCUUCUCGCAAUUUCCCAGGCUCUGCCAUUUCCUCUCCUGGCUCCCCGAGGCGCCCGUAGCACUCCCAGCCACU